UCAAAUUGCCUAUCCUCUUUGUGGCGGCCAUAUUUACAGAAACAUAAUUAAACUUCAUGUUUAGGCUGAUGGCUUUGCCAAAGCCUUAAUAAAUUAAAAAAAAAUUGUGACCACAAAUUAUUGUGACCAAUUUUGUGACGAUUAAUUUGUAAGAUUGCAGUGUGAUUUAAAAAUAUUGUGUAUUAUUUUGUGAAAAUGGCUAAAAAAAAUAUAGAGGAUGUCGAUUUAUACGCGAUACUUGAUUUACAAAUCACUGCUACAGAAUCAGAGAUCAAAAAGGCUUACCGCAAGAAAGCUUUACAAUGCCAUCCAGAUAAAAACCCUGACGAUCCUAAAGCUGCAGAAACAUUUCAUGAGCUGUCCCGAGCUCUAGAAAUAUUAACAGAUAGUUCAGCCAGAGCUGCAUAUGAUAAAGUAUUAAGAGCAAAAGCAGCUGCUAAACUACGUCAUCAAGAACUAGAUAGCAAGAGGCAAAAACUUAAAGAGGAUCUUGAAAGGAGGGAAAGGGAGGCUGUAUCAGGAAAAGGAUGUAAUCUUACUGAUGAACAAAAAUUAGCAGCAGAAAUUCAAAGAUUACAGAAAGAGGGCAGUAGACUUUUAUUAGAAGAGCAGCAAAGAAUGAAAGAAGAAAUACAGAAAAGCAAAAACAAGUUCAGCCCUGUGUGGGAUCCUAGUUUAAACAGAAUAAAGAUUAAAUGGAAAGUUGACAAGUGUGACACUAAUAAUGGUGGUUAUGAUGAAGAUAUGUUGAGAAAGUUUCUAAAGAAAUAUGGAGAUAUCACUGCUUUGAUCAUGUCACCCAAGAAAAAAGGCAGUGCUUUAGUAGAAUUUUCUACAAAGGAUGCUUCAGAUAUGGCCGUUGAAUUGGAAAAGGGGCUCCCAGACAAUCCAUUGACAUUAAAAUGGGUGAAUGAAAGACCAGUAUUAACAACAAAGAAAAAUGCAGCAGGACCUUCAUUGGUCUGUGACAGAGAUUAUGAAUCUGUAGUCUUAAUGAAAAUGAGACAAGCUGCUGAAAGACAGCGGUUAAUAGAAGAAAUGAUGAAGGAAGAACAAGAUUAAUAAUUAAGAUAGAAAUAAAAAAAUAUUUUACAUUCGAAACCAAUUUUAUUUCUUAAUAAUGUAAACAGAUAUCUAUUUAACAGAAUAAAUUUAGAAGACUGAAGUAUACAUAAUAGUGCCUGGA